AUGGAUCUGUCCAGCAAGAAGCGCAAGGUGGAAGAGAACGGCGGUAUCGACGCAGGCGGCGCUCCACCGUCGAAGCUCACCCCCGCGGACGCUCGUAAGAUCAUCGAAUCCUUCUCUAGAGAGCAGCUCCUGGAUAUCGUCCAGGAGGCCGCGUGUCGGCAUGCGGACGUGCUCGGCGCCGUCCGCGCAAACGCCGAUCAUGACCCGGCCCAGCGGAAACUGUUCAUCCGCGGCCUUGGCUGGGACACGACCGCCGAAGGCCUCCGCUCUCUCUUCUCGGCGUACGGGGAGCUCGAGGAGGCCGUUGUCAUCAUUGACAAGAAUACCGGGAAGAGCAGGGGAUACGGCUUUAUUACCUUCCGCCAUAUAGAUGGGGCUCUCCUUGCCCUCAAGGAGCCAAGCAAGAAGAUCGAUGGCAGGAUGACUGUUACGCAACUUGCGGCGUCCGGGGUCGCUGGCCCUACUGCCGCGCAGCCGUCGGCUGCAGAUGUACCCCUUCGAAAGAUCUACGUGGGGAGCGUGCCUCACGACAUGCCUGCCGAGCGCCUACUCGCGCAUUUUUCAUCUUAUGGGGAGAUUGAGGAGGGUCCGUUAGGUUUUGACAAGCAGACGGGUAAGUCUAGGGGUUUUGCGUUGUUUGUAUAUAAAAGUGUGGACGGAGCGAAGGCGUCUCUCGUGGAUCCUACGAAAGUAAUAGACGGGCACACGAUGGUAUGCAAACUCGCGGCAGAUGGGAAGAAGGGAAAGCCUGGACAGCCUAGUGAUCCUAGUCCCGCAGGGCCGGUCGGUGGUGUCCAAAAGCAACAGGCACUUGGUGUCGGGACGGACCAUUCUUCGAAUGGACUCAAUUUGGGUCCGCAGUCUCAUUUGCCCGGUUCCUUGUCUAGCCAGUUCAACGGGCAUGGAGCUCUCUCAUCUUAUGCGGGAUAUUCUGCUCCUGGAAUUCAAGGGCCUGGAGCUUUGGGUCAUCAUCAGCAUCUUAACUCAUCGAUCCCAUCAUCGAUUGGUGUGGGUACACCAGGGCUUUCCACAGUCGGUGGUCAGUCGGGUUCUUUGGGUAGCGGUGGAGGUGGUGGAUACGGAGGUGGUUUGGUUGGUCCAUAUUCCUCUCAGUAUGGUGCUCCUUUGCCUGGUGGUUAUGGGGGUAUGGGUGGCUCGUCGUUCUACAGGAUGCCACCAAGUUCCAUUGCCAUGUCUGCUGGUGGUUUUCCAGAAGGCGGGCAUUAUGGACUGUCUUCUGCUUACCAGCAGAAUGGGUCAUCACCCACCCAUAGGGGCCCAUCUGGAGGAAUGUACCCUGGUGUGCCCCCACCAUAUUUCUGA